CCUGUAGUAUGUCCGCAGUCUCUGGUCAUCUCCUGUAGUAUGUCCGCAGUCUCUGGUCAUCUCCUGUACUAUGUCCGCAGUCUCUGGUCAUUUCCUGUAAUGCGCAAGGUUUGUGCGCUCUCUUUUUCAUUUCCUGUACUAUGUCUGCAGUCCAUUGGUUCAGAAUAUUUUUUUCUUCUUUUAAACACCUUAACAUUUUAGGCCCUAUUCCUAAUAUCUCCAGCGUAUCGGUCAUGAAACCCCAGUUAACCCUGUCAAAAGCCUUUUCGACAUCAAUUGACAGGAAUAUUGUCGGCAGUCUGUUUUCCCUUUGUAGGAGGAGCAAUGAUAUCAGGCCAUUGUACCUACCUUCUCUUCCAGGAAUGUAUCCUAUCUGAUCCCAGUGUAUCCACUCCGGCAUCAACUCCUUCAGUCUGGAUGC